GGCUUUGCUUCUGAAGGCGGGAGGCGAGCAGGACGGGCUGCAGAGCUGCAACAGCCGGGUUCCCUUCCAGUGAAGACUCUCUUCGUAUCAAAUUGACUGAAGGCAUCUUUAUCCAUUCAGACGUGACCCCGGAGAAGGGGAAAGUGAUGGAAGAGAAAAACCCAGAAGGACCUGGAACUGGCAAGACAGCGAGAAAAAGCCACUCUCCCACCCGAGCUGGGAGUACUCUUGAAUUCUGGGAAAGCCCGGUGCCAGAGAUCUGUGAUCAGCUCACUUCAGUCUCAGAUGUACAUUGCCAGCGCUUCCGGCAAUUCUGCUACUGUGAGGCUGAUGGGCCCCGGGCAGUUUGCAGCCAGCUCCAUGGACUUUGCAGCCACUGGCUGAAGCCAGAGAGGCGCUCCAAGAAGGAAAUUCUGGACCUGGUGAUCCUGGAGCAGUUUCUGACCAUCCUGCCCCAGGAGGUGCAAGGCUGGGUCAGAGGAUGCAGGCCGGAGAGCAGUUCCCAGGCGGUGGCCCUGGCUGAAGGUUUCCUCCUGAGUCAGGCAGAGGAGAGGGGGCAGGUGGAAGAGGCGUCAGGACCAGGGCUGAAGACAGAACCUACCUUUUCUGGGGCAGAAAGAGCUUCCUUGGAGCAAGGGCAGAGGGCGCAGGUCCUGGAGUGUGCCCGAGAUGCCCUCUCCUAUGACAGCGAAGAGAUGCUGUUGAGCUGUUGUCUUUCCAGAGAUGUGGAAAUAGCUGCUGCUCCUCCAACCCAGGGUUCCUUUUCCUUGGAGGAGGUGUCCGUUUCUUUCACGGAGGCAGAGUGGGCCUUGCUGGAUCCGGGACAAAGAGCUCUGUACAGGGAAGUCAUGCUGGAGAACUAUGGGAAUGUGGCUUUUCUGGAACGAUCACUUUCUCUCUCUGUGAAUGAAGCCAGAACAGAGACUAUGAUGGAGACAGGCAAUGACCGUACAUCCAGAAAAAAGCUGGAGAGUUCGUCAAGAGGAUCCCAAAAGCAGAUUUCUUUCCUAAAUAAUCUGGCUGAGACAGAGGAAGAUCAGCGAAUGCUAGACAGAGUUAAAAAUAAAGACUUGAAGGAAGAAGUCAGAACUCGAGAGAGAAAGAAGCAAGAUGGAAGAAAGCUGAAUGCAUAUUUUCCAAGGCACAGGAUAAAGAAGGCAAGUGAAUCCAUUCUGUAUGGAACGUAUUUCAGAAACAGAUCACAGCUCUUUGUACACCAAAGAAUAAACACAGGGCAGAAACCUUUUGAAUGCUCAGAGUGUGGAAAGAGAUUCAGUCGGAGUGACAGUCUUCAUGUGCAUCAAAGAACCCACAUAGGAGAGAAACCUUUUGAAUGCUCAGAGUGCGGAAAGAGAUUCAGUUGGAGUGGCACUCUUCAGAAGCAUCAGAGAACUCACACAGGGGAGACACCUUUUGAAUGCUUAGAGUAUGGCAAGAGACUCACUAGCAGUGCCUCCCUUAAAGUGCACCAAAGAACCCACACAGGGGAGAGACCUUUUGAAUGCUCAGUGUGUGAAGAGAGAUUCAGUCACAGUGGCCAUCAUAAAGUGCACCAAAUAACCCACACAGGGGAGAAACGUUUUGAAUGCUCCGAGUGUGGAAAGAGAUUCAGUCGGAGUGGCACUCUUCAGGAGCAUCAGAGAACCCACACAGGAGAGAAACCUUUUGAAUGCUCAGAGUGCGGAAAGAAAUUCAGUCAGAGGGGCAAUCUUCAUCUGCAUCAAAGAACCCACACAGGGGAGAAACCUUUUGAAUGUACAGAGUGCAGGAAGAAAUUCAGUCAGAGUGGCACUCUUCAGGAGCAUCAGAGAACUCACACAGGGGAGAAACCUUUUGAAUGCUUAGAGUGCGGAAAGAGAUUCAGUCGGAGUGGCACUCUUCAGGAACAUCAGAGAACUCACACAGGGGAGAAACCUUUUGAAUGCUCAGAGUGUGGCAAGAGACUCACUAGCAGUGCCUCCCUUAAAGUGCACCAAAGAACCCACACAGGGGAGAAACCUUUUGAAUGCUCAGAGUGCGGAAAGAGAUUCAUUCGGAGUGGCACUCUUAAGAAGCACCAAAGAACCCACACAGGGGAGAAAUCAUUUGAAUUGCAUCAAAGAACCCAUGCAGGGGAGAAACGUUUUGAAUGCACAGAGUGCAGAAAGAGAUUCAGUGGGAGUGGCGGUCUUCGCCAGCAUCAGCAAACUCACACAGGGGAGAAACCUUUUGAAUGCUCAGAGUGUGGCAAGAGAUUCACUAGCAGUGCCUAUCUUAAAGUGCACCAAAGAACCCACACAGGGGAGAAACCUUUUGAAUGCUCAGAGUGCGGAAAGAAAUUCAGUCACAGUAGCACUCUUCAACAGCAUCAAAGAACCCACACAGGGGAGAAACCUUUUGAAUGCUCAGAGUGCGGAAAGAAAUUCAGUCGGAGUGGCAAACUUCAUCUGCAUCGAAGAACCCACACAGGGGAGAAACCUUUUGAAUGCUCCGAGUGUGGAAAGAGAUUCAAUCGGAGGGGAAAUCUUCAGCAACAUCAGAGAACUCACACAGGAGAGAAACCUUUUGAAUGCUCAGAGUGUGGAAAGAGAUUCAGUCAGAGUGGCACUCUUAAGCAGCACCAAAGAACCCACACAUGGGAGAAACCAUUUGAAUUGCAUCAAAGAACCUAUACAGGGGAGAAACAUUUUGAAUGCAUAGAGUGCAGAAAGAGAUUCAGUGAAAGUAGGUAUCUUCAACAACAUCAAAGAAUUCACAAAGGUGAAAAUUGCUAUGAGUGCUCAGAGUGUGGAAAGAGAUUUGGUUGGAGUGGCAAUCUUCGGAGGCAUCAGCGAACUCACACAGGGGAGAAACCUUUUGAAUGCUCAGAGUGUGGAAAGAGAUUCACUAGCAGUGCCUAUUUUAAAGUGCACCAAAGAACCCACACAAGGGAGAAACCUUUUGAAUGCUCAGAGUGUGGAAAGAGAUUCAUUAGCAGUACCUAUCUUAAAGUGCACCAAAUAGCCCACACGGGGGAGAAACCUUUUAAAUGCUCAGAGUGUGGAAAGGGAUUCAUUAGGCGUGACAGUCUUCAGCGUCAUCAGAGAACUCACACGGGAGAAACCCUUUGAAUGCUCAGAGUGAAACAGAUUCAGUUACAGUAGCCAUCUUAAAGUGCACCAAAGAACCCACACAGGGGAGAAACCUUUUAAAUGCUUAGAGUGUGGAAAGAGAUUCAUUAGCAGUGGCAGUCUUUGGCAUCAUCAGAGAACUCACACGGGAUAAACCCUUUGAAUGCUCAGCAUGUGGAAAGAAAUUCAGUAAGAGUUGCAGUCUUCAACAGCAUCAGAAAAUCCACACAGCAGAGAAAUCUUUUGAAUUCUUAGCGGAAAGCUCUUCGUGGAAAGCCAUCUUCAAACUGUGGAACAAACCUUGCUUGACUACCCUCUUUUUUUGAAUUUGGGGGGACUUUUUUUGUAAAAAUUGUUAAUCGUCUGAUGCUAUAGUUCCUUGAUUUUUGCACAGUUCCUUCAAUUUUUCCUGUUUUCUCCAGUGUUAAAUAAAUGAACAAGGGUUUA